AUGUCGUGGAGCGAUCAACUUGUCCAACUCAAGACAGAAUCAACAGGCUGCGCUAUCAUCACACAGCAGGGUGCCCUUUGCGCUAAGGAAGGCACAUGGAAGGCUACACAGGACGAACUCCUCAAGUACAUCACAUACUUCACAGAACCAUCCCCAGCUCUCUCUGGCCUUUACUAUGGUGGCGAGAAGUACAUCUGCAACCAGGCUAACACAGAGAUGGUCUUCGCUAUGAAGGGCAAGCAGGCUGUUGUCCUCCAGAAGACAAAGACACUUAUCAUCGCCGGCUUCACAGAUGGCCAGUUCCAUCCAGCUGCCCUCUCUGCCUCCGUCGGCAAGGUUGCUCAGUACCUUACAUCCUCUAACCUCUAA